GCGUGGCGCUAUGGCGCCCGCCAGAGCCGUCAUGGCCGACGGCUGCGGGCCCGAGCCGGAGCCGGAGCCCGACCCCGAAACGGAGCCGCUGCGGCUGCGGUGCCUGCGGGGUGAGGGGUACUUCGAGGUGCCGGCGGCGGAGCGGCUGGGGAGAUGCCGGAGCGUGAAGGAGUUCGAGAAGCUGAACCGGAUCGGAGAGGGCACCUACGGCAUCGUGUACCGGGCCCGGGACACGCUGACAAACGAGAUCGUGGCACUGAAGAAGGUGCGGAUGGACAGUGAGAAAGAUGGUAAUGGAGGAGCAGGAGAGCUGUGGCAGGGGCGUCCCCGGCCCCUGCUCGAGGCAGUCAUGCAGCGUGGAUGUUGCUCUUUGCAGGAAUGCCUGUCAGCAGCCUACGGGAGAUCACACUGCUGCUGCAGUUUCGGCACACCAACAUCGUGGAGCUCAAAGAGUAUAUUCCUCGUGAUGGGGUACUGCGAGCAGGACCUAGCCAGUCUUCUUGAGAACAUGCAGGCACCUUUUUCAGAGGCUCAGGUGAAGUGCAUCAUCCUGCAAGUCUUCAAGGGCCUGGAGUACCUUCACAAGAACUACAUCGUCCACAGGGAUCUGAAGGUGUCCAACCUGCUCAUGACUGACAAAGGCUGUGUGAAGAUAGCUGAUUUUGGACUGGCACGCACCUAUGGGAUGCCACCAAAGCCCAUGACUCCCAAAGUUGUCACGCUUUGGUACCGAGCACCUGAGCUGCUGCUGGGGAUGGCGAACCAGACCACCAGCGUUGACAUGUGGGCUGCAGGCUGCAUCCUCGCCGAGCUGCUGGCACACAAGCCACUGCUGCCGGGUACCUCAGAGAUCCACCAGAUCGAUCUCAUUGUGCAGCUCCUAGGGACACCCAACGAAAACAUCUGGCCGGGCUUCUCCACGCUGCCCCUGGUGAGCCAGUACACGCUGCGGAAGCAGCCCUACAACAACCUCAAGCACAAGUUCCCCUGGCUGUCGGAGGCUGGGCAGCGGCUGCUCAACUUCCUCUUUAUGUAUGAUCCCAAGAAACGGGGCACAGCAAAGGACUGCCUAGAUAGCUCCUACUUCAAGGAGAAGCCCCUGCCCUGUGAGCCAGAGCUCAUGCCCACCUUCCCGCACCACCGCAACAAGCGGGUGGCUGUCACCAGUGUGGGGAUUGAGAGCCAGGCCAAACGCAGUAAGCCCUGAGCUCUGUCCCAUGGGAGAAGCAUGGCACAUGCCAACUGGGAUGGCUUUCCUCGGCUGAACAGCACCAAGGGCUUCAGCCCUUCCCAGGACGGCUCCCAGUGCGGAGAUGGCCCGGCUGCAGUAGAGAAGCACUGUACCAGCUCCAGCGCGGAGCACCAAGAGCAGAAGAGAAAUGAGGUGCAGGGAUGCACAGGGCUCCAUAGGAAGAGGCUGGCAUGGGGCCCUCAGCCAGUGCUGGCUGCAUGGUGUAACCCAGACUUUGCCAUCAAUAAAGGCACCUGCCAGCA